UCCUCCGAUCCCUUCCUUCUCUCUCUAUCCCACCUCGACGGCGUCGAGCGCGACGGCGGAGCCAUGUCCGUGCGCUUCCGCUACCGGAGCUCCCCUCGCUUCGAGACCCUCGAUCUCGGCGGCGCUGUCUCCGUCUCCGUCCGCGACCUCCGCGCCCGCAUCCUCGGCCCCGCGCUCCGCCGCCACUCCGGCCUCCUCAUCUCCGACGCCGCCACCAACCGCACUCUGGACGACGACGCGCUGCUCAUCCCCGCCGGCUCCGACCUCGUCGUCAAGCGCGUGCCCAUCGAAUCCGUCGAUGGCGGAGGGUACUCGUGGCCGGCUCCUCCUGAGAAGACGGCUGAGGAGCAGCCUGGCUGUGGCCACGGUAAUCGAGGCGACGGCAUUGCGCUGUUGCCACCUGCUUCGCACAAAUUUGAUGAUACCAGCAAAGCGCUUUGCCCUGGUGUAGAGGUAGACUUAUCAGAAUCAUAUCCAUAUGCUGAUGAUGGUGACAAACUAGCACGAAGUUCUGAGAAAAGAUAUCUGAACAUUGAAGGAAGUGGCCUUAGUGAGGCCAUGCCCAAAGAAAUUGUUGUGGAUAACUCUACUGAAGUACUUGGUUUGGAAGAAGGAAAAAGGGAAAUUGAAACAAGUUCCAAGGCUAGGGAACUUGAAAAGAUGGAACAGAGAACCAACAUGGAUUCACCAGCAGAAUUGAGAUGCUUCCUUUGUGAAACCAUAUUUGAAGAUGCUGUGAUGAUGACAUGUUGCCGGCAUAAUUUUUGCAACAGAUGCAUAAUUUCUGCUUUGGCGGAGAUUAAAAAAUGUCCAAAGUGUUCAUCCACAAGGUGCACCACUAAUGAUCUGUUACCGAAUUUGUCACUACGUAAAGCCAUUGAACAUUUUCUUGAUGACCCAGGACGUAUGUAUGCACCUGAUGUAGAAUCAUGUAUAGAAGCAAAUGAGUCAUCAUGUGCCCUGUCAAUUCACCAACAAGAACAAAAGUUGCCAUGUUCUCCAUCGGUCACUGGAAAAGAUUUCAAUCAGACCAUGUCACCCGUGAAGCAGGUUAAAAAAAGCUCCAGUAUCAAGAUCCGUCUGGAUGGAAAUAAACCAACUGAAGCAGUUUCAGCACUCCCCCAAGAAGCACCUAGAAAUGUUGAUUUUCAAAGUGCAAGCUCCUCAAAGAUGUACCAGAAUAUUGCACAAGAGAGCGAAGUUUUGCAUACUGUUGAAGCCAAAUCAUUCAGGAUGAAUUCUUGGGACGCAGAUGGAAAUCGGUUUGCAGCGCCAGUGACAAGGGACAGAAAGGGCGGACGAACUUGUUACCGGUGUGGGUCUCCAAACCACCUGAUCAGAUAUUGUCCAGUUGCAUCAAAUGAACAAGCAGAAGAUAGCACGUUCCACGGGGAUGCAUAUGGUCCACCUAAUUGGCAGGGAUCCAUGUUUCACCCUCUUCAGCCCUAUGCAAAUAGUUAUGGGACACCUGGGGUCAUUCCAUUUGAUCCUGGAGUUGUCCCAGCCUCACCUUUCGGAGUUCCUUCAUACAUGCCACCAUUUUAUGGACGCAUGCAGAAUCCAUAUGCUUUUAUGGGGAUGAGGGGUAUGCCAUCUCCAGUGCUACCUGUUUUACAGCAAUCUCAUACAGGAUUGGGUAUUCACGAUAAUGUUAAGAGUCAGGAAACUCCAAGUGAAAGGGGAGGAAGGGAGUAUGAUUGUGAUACUAUUUCGGAAGAUUAUCCUGAUGAUGAUGGUAGAAGAUCACAUAAGCUAUACCCAACAGAAAAGAAUUCUGAUAGGUACUAUGAUGUCGGUAGCACCAAUGUUAAAAAAAGGCACCGCAAGGAUAAGUAUUGUAGCCCUACCCGUGAGAAGCGAACUUAUUCAUCAGAACAAGAAUUAGUUGAUCAGAAACAUUCAGUGGAAUUUGGUUCAUGUGGAAGAGAAAGGACAAAUCAUUACUGUAAGCAAUCUGCUUCUGAAUGGCAUGGCAUCCCUGACAACUCUAUCCAGGACUCUAAACAGAGGAGCAAGCAGCAUGAUAGAAGCGCUUCUGGAAGAAGAGAUGAAAGUGGGAGGAAAUUCAGAAGUGACUACAGUGAUUAUAGUCGUCAUCAAAGUUGUAAAGAAAAGAUCCACGCAGAUAAGGCUGAUGAUGGGCACAAAUCGAGUAAGAAUACAUAUGGGCAUAAACAUCGGGUCCAGGAAACUGACUACAAACGUGAUAGCAAGGUAACGAUAACCAGCCAGAGUUCCAGACAUGGCACAACAAAAGUCGGUUCUUCUAAUGGCCACCUAGGAAGAGACCGGGUGAUGGGAGAUGGUCGUCACGGUGAUGACGAAAGUGAUCACUACCGUCACAAGAGAAAGGGAAGGCAUUAACAAAUCUAGGUGAAGGUUUGUCUGUGCUUCAUUUGGUGCAAGCGAAAGAAAGAGUCCGUAUGAAUAAAACAUCUUACAGUGUCAACCAUGUAUCAGGAUUUUUGCUUAUUCUGAAAUUUAACAGUCGUGUUAUUAGCUGUAAAUCUUGUGAAGAGUGAUUGCCAGGUGUAGUUCAACUUAUUUUCUUACUCCCUGCCACAAAUAUGUAAGUGUAAGAGUUGUAUGGUGUUGACAGACAACUGAUUCUGUUUAAGAGCUCACCAUGCUUGCCACGCUGUAAGAGUGGGAUGUUGUUGAUGUACAUAAUAACAUGGAAACUUCAGUCAUUUAUUGGGAAUUGUUGUUCACUUGGUGA